GUGUAAUUAUUUUUUUUAUUUACGAAUAAACCUUUUUUCAGUUAUUAAAUAACUUGAAUAGAAAAAUGGGUGAUAGAGAGCUUAUAAUCCGUGAAACGAUUAAUCAAAAAUUGGAAGAAACUGGUGAAAAGGAAAAACUAAAGAGAUUACUUCGCAUGAGGCUUGACGAAUGUGGCUGGAGAGAGAAGGUACGAGCUUAUUGUAAACAAGUUAUUAGAGAACGUGGAAUAGAAACGGUAUCAGUGGAUGAUUUGGUCGCAGAGGUGACGCCGAAAGGUCGUGCACUUGUUCCGGAUACCGUAAAGAAAGAACUACUACACAAGAUUCGACAAUUUCUCACUGAGCAAGCUAACGUCUGA